UUCACCCAGGAGGAGUGGGCGCUGCUGGAUCCUGACCAGAGGGCCCUCCACCAGGAAGUCAUGGAGGAGAACUGGAAGACUAUCUCCUCUCUAGUAGAUACCUGGAAGGAACAAAACAUAUUUCUCAAAUGUGGAAAGAGUUGUAUAACUAAAUAUGAGCUUGCCAGACACGAGGGAACCCUCAAAGAAAAAGAAAGCUGUACCCACGAGAAGCCCAAUGAAUGCCUUGUGUGUGGAAAACAUUUUGCCAUGAAGAUAUCAUUGAUACUUCACAAAAGGAUCCACGCAGGAAAGAAGAGCUUUCUGAGUGAAGAGACUGGUAAAGAUUUUGAUUGCAAGUUACACUUUUUGAGCCAUCAGACACUCCACACAAGAGGGGAAACAUAUAAAUGGCAGAUGAGGAAAUGUUUUCCUCAGAAUUCAAGUUUGGUAAAUCAUCAGCAUAUCUACAGACAAGAGAAAGCCUACCAAUGCCGAAAGUGUGGGAAAUGUUUUGCUCAGAACUUACAACUUGUGAGCCAUCAAGCAGUCCACACACAAGGGAAACCGUAUAAAUGGCAAAUAAUGAAAUGUUUUCCUCAGAAUUCAAACCUGGUAAAUCAUCAGCACGAAAAAGCCUACCAGUGCCAAGAGUGUGGGAAAUGUUUCGCUCGGAAUUCAAACCUAGUCAGUCAUAAGAGCGUUCACACAGGAGAGAAAUCAUACAAAUGCCAAGAGUGUGGGAAAUGUUUCGCUCGGAAUUCAAACCUAGUCAGUCAUAAGAGCGUUCACACAGGAGAGAAAUCAUACAAAUGCCAAGAGUGUGGGAAAUGUUUCGCUCGGAAUUCAAACCUAGUCAGUCAUAAGAGCGUUCACACAGGAGAGAAAUCAUACAAAUGCCAAGAGUGUGGGAAAUGUUUCGCUCGGAAUUCAAACCUAGUCAGUCAUAAGAGCGUUCACACAGGAGAGAAAUCAUACAAAUGCCAAGAGUGUGGGAAAUGUUUCGCUCGGAAUUCAAACCUAGUCAGUCAUAAGAGCGUUCACACAGGAGAGAAAUCAUACAAAUGCCAAGAGUGUGGGAAAUGUUUUGCUCAGCGCUCACACCUUGUGUAUCAUAAAAAAGUCCACACAGGAGAGAAACUUUACAAAUGCCAGGAGUGUGGGGAAAGUUUUAUUCGGAGCUCACAGCUUGUGAUUCAUACGAGAAUCCAUAAAGGAAAGAAACCAUACAAAUGUACGGCAUGUGGGAAAUGUUUUGCUCAGAGCUCACACCUUGUGUGUCAUAAGAAAGUCCACACAGGAGAGAAACCCUACAAAUGCCAAGAGUGUAGGAAAUGUUUUGCUGACAGUUCAUUGCUUGUGAAUCAUAUGAGGUUCCAUGGAGAAGAGAAACUGUACAAAUGCCAGGAGUGUGGUAAAUAUUUUGAUUGCAAUUCACACCUUGUGAUUCAUAAGAGGGUCGACAGAGGAGAAAAACCAUACAAAUGUACAGAGUGUGGGAAAUGUUUUGCCCGUAAUUCAUUGCUUGUGAGCCAUAACAGAGUCCACACAGGGGAGAAACCAUACAAAUGCAAGGAAUGUGGGAGAUUACACUUUGUGAUCCAUCAAAGAGUCCACACACAAGGGAACUCAUGUAAAUGGCAAAUAACAAAAUGUUUUCCUCAGAAUUCAAACCUGGUAAAUCAUCAGCAAGAAAAAGCCUACAAGUGCCAAGAGUGUGGAAAAUCUUUUUCUCGGAGCUCCAACCUAGUCAGUCAUAAGAGAGGCCACACAGGAGAGAAACUGUACAAAUGCCUGGAGUGUGGGAAAAGUUUUAUUCGGAGCUCACAGCUUGUAAUUCAUACGAGAAUUCACACAGGAGAGAAACCAUACAAAUGCCUGGAGUGUGGGAAAAGUUUUAUUCGGAGCUCACAGCUUGUGAUUCAUACGAGAAUUCACACGGGAGACAAACCAUACAAAUGUACGGAGUGUGGGAAAUGUUUUGCUCAGCGCUCACACCUUGUGUGUCAUAAGAAAGUCCACACAGGAGAGAAACUGUACAAAUGCCAGGAAUGUGGGAGAUGUUUUGCUCACAGUUCAUGGCUUGUGAGUCAUAUGAGGGUCCACAGAACAGAGAAACUGUAUAAAUGCCAGGAGUGUGGUAAAUAUUUUGAUUGCAAUUCACACCUUGUGAUUCAUAAGAGGGUCCACACAGGAGAAAAGCCACACAAAUGUACAGAGUGUGGGAAAUGUUUUGCCCGUACUUCAUUGCUUGCGAGUCAUGAACAAGUCCACACAGGGGAGAAGCCAUACAAAUGCCAGGAAUGUGGGAGAUGUUUUGCUCGUAGUUCACAUCUAGUGAGUCAUAAGCGAGUGCACACAGGAGAGAAACCAUACAAAUGCCAGGAAUGUGGGAGAUGUUUUGCUCAUAGUUCAGGUCUUUUAAGGCAUAAGAGAGUCCACACAGGAGAGAAACCAUACAAAUGCCAGGUCACAGCUUGUGAUUCAUAAGAGAAUCCACACAGGAGAGAAACCGUAUAAAUGCUAGAAGUGUGGAAGAUGUUUUGCUCAGAAUUCUUACCUUGUGGGCCAUUACAGAAUCCAUGCAGAAGGGGGAUCCUUCAAAACCCAGUAACAAGGAAAUUUUUUUCCUUACGGUUUGGAUUUGACAUAUUGUGAACCACACAAGAGAGUCACCAUUAUAAAGGAACCAUACGAAUGCCAGGAGUGUGGAAUUUUUUCUUUAUUAAAAUUGAGAUACUCCUGAAAGAGAAGGAUGCUCCAUCAGGGAGAGGCACUAUGGUGUUUAGUAGUAAGGGAUUAGAGUUGUAACUACUAAUUAUGGUCCCUAGAGUUUCAGAUGGCAUUGGUAUACACAGAGAGCCAAUGGAGGAAUUUGGAGGAACACCUUGUUUGAAGCAUAUAACUGCCACACUGGUUCUGCACUUGUUCUAUUUUCCUUCACCUGAGGAGAAGAGUAUGGACAGGAUAUCCAUGCUUGAGAUAGGUAGGUCCACACACUUCCAGCAGCAAAGAUCAAUGGGCAGGUUCAGACCCCUCAAAGAGCAUCUUGCUUCAAAGCCCCAAUCACCUGACCCUUGCAGCAUUCUGUAUUGCAUCUUCCAAACACUGACCUUGAGCCAAGAAGGUGAGUAGGGGAAGUGUGUGAAUGCACCAGAUCCUUCCUUUCUCAACUACUCAUUGAUGUACAAUGGGAACAACAAAGUCCCAAGAAAUGUACAGUGGUGCCUUGCUUGACGACGUUAAUUCGUUCCAGCGAAAU